CAGGGGGCUGGAAGCGGCAGAGGAGCUGAACCUGGGCUGUGGCCGAUCUUGAGCUCUGCCACUGCUGACGUGUUUAGCCCCAGGUUAGUCACCUCCCAGUGCCAUUUACAUAGCCUAUAGGCACUGGGAAGGUAAUGACAUCCAAGCCGUUUAGGAAUGCUUCUCUAGCAAUGUGGAAUUAGUCUCUACGGCUCUUCCUAGUUCACCUCGAAUUUUGCUGUGCCACUGGGCCUCCACUGCUUCCGAUGGGGUGUCUUUUCCUUCUGGACCUCACCAUCAGAGCGCUUUCCCAACUUCCCUGAACGUGAAUGCCUCCCCCACUCAUUGCAUAAUGGGAGUCUGAAUGGCACCUCCUUUUAGAGUAAAGUACGCUGUCAUCGGCACCGCUGCCGACCUUGGGGAACCCUAUUUGCAAAGUCUUUUGUGAUUCUUUAUGGUCUUAGAUGCCCGGCUGUCGUUCUUGCUGCAGAGAUGCUUUCCCAAGAUGUGCAGUGAUCACUGCAGCAGGGAUGUGCAUUAACAACGCCGACAGCCCGAGCUUCCCUUUGUGCCGUGGAGUUUAGAGCUCAAAGGUGAGGAAGAUACUGGCCUGGCUUUGCAAACGCCGGUUGUGCUUUGAAAGAGAAAGGGAACUUCCAAAACGCCCUUAAAAUAUUCAGGUUUUUUUCCUUUUGAAAACGAGUGCAGCCACGUGGUUAGAGCUGGUGUCACCCAUCAUGACCACGCAGCCGGGGCGGUGCGGAGGUGCUUUCUCUGCUGAAGGGAAAGACCUGGCUCCUUCCUGAAGCUGCCGCUGCCCUGGGCCAGGGAAAGCAGCAUGGAAGCAGGAGUGAUUUAUCCCUUGUCAGACUCCCCCUCUGCGAAGAUGUCCCAGUCAUCUCCAGCUGAUGAAGGCACGACGUUUGAGCACCUCUGGAGCACACUGGAGCCAGACAGCACCUACUUCGACCUCCCUCCCUCCAACCACACAGGCAGCAAUGAGGUCUCCAACCGCACAGAGGUCACGAUGGACGUCUUCCAGAUGAGAAGCAUGAAUGACUCGGUCAUGUCCCAGUUCAAUUUGCUGAACAACAGCAUGGAUCAGAGCAUCGGCAGCAGAGCAGCCUCCACCAGCCCCUACAGCUCCGAGCACACCUCCAAUGUCCCAACGCAUUCGCCCUACUCGCAGCCCAGCUCUACCUUCGACGCCAUGUCCCCAGCUCCCGUCAUCCCCUCCAACACUGACUACCCCGGUCCCCACCACUUUGAGGUGACCUUCCAGCAAUCCAGCACCGCCAAGUCAGCCACCUGGACAUACUCCCCCCUGCUGAAGAAACUCUACUGUCAGAUCGCAAAAACAUGUCCCAUCCAGAUCAAGGUGUCCACCCCGCCGCCGCCGGGCACCAUCAUCCGGGCCAUGCCCGUUUACAAGAAGGCAGAGCACGUCACCGAAGUGGUGAAACGCUGCCCCAACCACGAGCUCGGCCGCGACUUCAACGACGGCCAGUCGGCCCCAGCCAGCCACCUCAUCCGGGUGGAAGGCAACAACCUCUCCCAGUACGUGGACGACCCUGUGACGGGAAGGCAGAGCGUGAUGGUGCCCUACGAGCCCCCGCAGGUGGGGACCGAGUUCACCACCAUCCUGUACAACUUCAUGUGCAACAGCAGCUGCGUGGGAGGAAUGAACAGGAGGCCCAUCCUCAUCAUCAUCACCCUGGAGACGAGAGACGGCCAAGUCCUGGGAAGGAGAUCGUUCGAGGGACGGAUCUGUGCCUGUCCCGGCAGAGACCGCAAAGCUGAUGAAGACCAUUACCGAGAGCAACAAGCCCUGAAUGAGAGCGCGGCUAAAAACGGCAACGCCAACAAACGCACAUUCAAGCAGAGCCCCCAGGGCAUCCCAGCACUGGGGACCGGCAUUAAGAAACGGAGGCACGGGGAAGAGGAGAUGUAUUACGUGCCUGUGCGAGGCCGGGAGAAUUUCGAGAUCCUGAUGAAGAUAAAGGAGAGCCUGGAGCUGGUGGAGCUGGUCCCGCAGCAGCUGGUUGACUCCUACCGGCAGCAGCAGCAGCAGCUCCUGCAGAGGCAGAGUCAGCUGCAGACGCCUUCCUCCUACGGUCCCGUCCUUUCACCCAUGAACAAAGUUCACGGCGGAGGACUCAACAAGCUGCCCUCCGUCAACCAGCUGGUAGGGCAGCCAGCGCAGCACAGCUCCGGCUCCGCGCCCAGCCUGGGGCCGAUGGGACCCGGGAUGCUAAACAGUCACCCCAUGCAACCCAACGGAGAAAUGAAUGGGGGCCACUCGUCCCAGUCCAUGGUCUCCGGAUCACACUGCACCCCCCCUCCGCCCUACAACCCCGAUCCCAGCCUCGUCAGUUUUUUAACAGGAUUGGGGUGUCCAAACUGCAUCGACUAUUUCACCUCACAAGGGUUACAGAAUAUUUACCACCUGCAGAACCUAUCCAUAGAGGAUCUCGGAGCACUGAAGAUCCCGGAGCAGUACAGGAUGAUCAUCUGGAGAGGUUUGCAGGAGCUCAAACAGAGCCACGACUAUGGGGCGCAGCAGCUCAUCCGCUCCAGCAGCAACGCUUCCACCAUCUCCAUCGGCAGCUCGGGCGAGCUGCAGCGGCAGCGCGUGAUGGAGGCCGUGCACUUUCGCGUGCGCCACACCAUCACCAUCCCCAACCGCGGCGGGGCCGACGAGUGGGCAGACUUUGGGUUCGACCUCCCGGACUGCAAAUCUCGCAAACAGUCCAUAAAGGAAGAAUUCACGGAGGGAGAGAUCAACUGAGGGUCUCCAAGAAGGCCGUAGCAAGAGACCCGGUGGGGGGGGAAAUGAAACUCCCACCCCCCCCGUGACAAAUAUUUGCAGCCUUGGGCGUCUGGAAAAGUGUAAUUUUGUUGUCCAGAGGGGACCUGCCAGCCGUGUGUGAAUGCACAGCCCCGAGGCGUGCGGGAAGCUCCUGCCCCGGAGAGAAAACCGCGGUGGCUUCGGCAGAGGGGAAGAGGAGGGCGGCUGAGGCAGCUCGCCGAACGGAGCGCAGAUUUUCUGCCUGCCCGCGGCAGGGGAGGCUCCUGCCGGUGCUUUACGCCAUUUCGUGUUUUACUGGAGGAUCCCCGCAUCCGACAGAUGCGGCGUAAAGACGGCACGUUUUUCUCUUGGCGAGACCAGCCUUCGUUACUAGCUUCCCUACCCCCCGUAUUCUCCGUGGUAUCCAAGCCUGACAGGUCUUUAUCGUUGUAAAAAGGACUUAGCCCUUACCUGUUCCAGUUUCUGUACAGAUACCUGCCCGUGACUGAUGCAAAACAACACAAUCCGCUUUCCUGACGGACUGCCAAAAAGUACCCCUGUCCUCCAGUUCUUUGUAGAGCAGAAAAGAACCUGUUUGUCAGUUCCCUAUGUGUUCAUGUACUUAAAUAUUUGUGUAUAUAAACAGAAGCGAAUGUAUAUACAGUAUACUCAUUGUGCUGUAAGGAGAAAAAAAGAUUUAUUUUCAUGUAAGCUAUAAAAAUUGAUACUUACGCCUGAGACACUAUAGUGUCAAGUAAAUUAAUUUCACGUUCUAGCACAUAAACAUGCAGAAAAUCAUGCCUCCAGCCUCACCUAUUCAAAACUCAGCUUUUUUUCUCCUCUGAAUCUCUUUCACACAGUUGCAGAGGAGGGGGCAAGCCAGUGAAUUCUGCUGGGAAGUCAGAGGUCUGGAUAAUCCCUCCCUGCUCCAUCGGGGGAGUUUUGCAGACAGGUUAGACCCAGCGAGCAUGAACGUGGGCGGUGUAAAUUUGGUCCGACUUUGGAGCAAGGAGAUGGACUAGGUGACCACAUGAGGUCUUUCCAGUUUUGUUUUCUGUUUCUGGUCCUUUUUGCCAGCCUUAAUUUGUCUGUUGCUUCAGGCUGGAAAAAAACCUCAGCAGAAAGCAAGGACGUAAAGAGGCGUGUUCCCUCCCUCCGUCCCUCCCCUGCUAACGACUACACGUUUUGAAAGGCGACAUCCCACAACAGGUCUCGGAGAGGCACGGCACAGAGGCUGCCGCUGUACGGAAGGAGGGAGGGCGGGAGGGCAGGGAGCUGCUUCAUCUGCCCCCUCAACCUUGGGGUGCUCGAGAUUUUGGGCAGCCCGAGGGAUCCAUGCAGAAACGACGCUGCCCGGCACGUUCCCGCUGCCGCGUCUCCUCCCCGCAUUGCCUCUGCGAUGGAGACCUCCAGACGGACGGAGCUAGGAGACCCUUCGCAAAUCCCUGGACCCUCUGACCAGUAGAGCAAAAGAAGAAAGAGCUUGAGUCCUACCUAUGACGUUCAGGGCUCUCCUCGGAGCUGCGCCUUCUCCUCCUUGCAGGCCAGGGUCUGUCCCCACUCGAAGGGAGGAUCACGGGGAAAACAAAUGUGAACCCUGUACGUGCCGCACCAGCAGCCACGGGGCCCAGGUGCUCCCUCCGCCGCCUCUGUCGUGGUGUCCCACCGCAGCUCCGAGCCUUCGGCGCGCAGGAGGCGGCCUCCUCUCCCUCCCAUGCCGGUCUCUGCUCCGUUCUCCCACCCGGGCCGAGCCGCGGGUGCGAGCGUACUGUCCUGGAGGCCAUUACGCCCCUCUACACUACCCCGAUUAGGAACCUGACUCCUUUGGCAUUGCUGAAAUGUGAACCUGUGGCCUAAGAUAACGGCGACUUAAAGCACUUUAAUGCUUUAAAGGUUUUGAAACAAUCAUUCAUGUUUUCAAUGUUCACUAAGGCUUCUUCCGGCAGUAUUAACUGAUACACUCCAACCAUGGUAUGAAUGGUAUUUUUUGUAAUGUUAUCUUUGGAAAAUGUGUUAUUUUUAUAGCUGUGGUUUCUCUUCCUUUUUUUUUUUUUUUUUUUUUUUUGUAAGACAAUAAAAGCACAUGUGGGAAUUACAACAUCUGGCAACUAAAGUCUCGCUUGCAUUGUACA